CGAUUCCAUGCUGAGCGGCCGCAACAUGAGCGGGUGCGAGGGAGGCGCCUUCUACACCUACGACGCGUUCCUGGAGGCGGCCAACGCGAGCGUGUUCCGUGGCUUCGGCACCACCGGCGACGACGCGACCCGCCGGCGGGAGUUCGCCGCCUUCUUCGGGCAGACCUCCUUCGUAACCACCGGCUACUGCUACGUGAAGGCGGUGAACCGGGCGAGCGCGCCCUACUACGGCCGAGGCCCCAUACAGCUAACCACCCGACGGCUCGCCAUGCCUCAUCCACCUGCCGCCCUGUGUUGUGCUGCUGGUGCUCCUCCUCUCCCCACGCUCCGGUAGCGUCGUCGAGCUGCUGCUGCUCCUGUGCGUUUGCCGGAUGUGGUGCGUGGAGGGUGCCGUCGACAGUCCGAGCCCGAGGACGGUGGUGUCUGUCCAUGGUGAGCUCGGCGAGGGCGCGCCAGACAGGAGGCAAGCUCGGACUACAGUGUUUUUCUCUGUGUAUGCAGCAGUAGGAGCAGCAACAGCCGGGUGCCCAGGUGCUGGAGCACGCACGCACACAACACACGCACAGAUCACGCACUCACGCCCAGGUGCCAGAGCAUGAACGCACACAAUGUACGUACAGCACUAACACACACACAAAGCACGCCCAGCACACGCACGCCUAGCACACAUCGCGCACGGCCAGGUGCUAGAGAAUGCGCGCACACAGAGCACUCACGCCCAGGCACACAUCAGCUGGUCGUCCGCCUCGAGGCGCCGCCAUCCGUCCGGCUCGAGCGCGACAUGCUUUUCAAGGAUGCCGUCCAGUGGUCGCCGCUGUCCACGGCGGACCGCGAGCUCGACGGCGAUGAGGCCUGGCUGCCAGCUUGAGUCAUUGCAGUGGAUACGUGCGUCGCCGGCAGCCGUUUCUUGCCCCUUGCGACGCAUACGGCCGAUGCUGCUGCCGGCUGGCCUCCCGCCUUGAAGACGAGAGCGUCCCUUGCCACGUCGGUCAUGCUGCUCGCCGAGGCCGUGCGCGUGGCCACCGCAGCCUCGCGCGGCACCGUCCCGAGCGGCGGUACAGGAUGGUUCUGCGCCAAGAGAUAGCGAGCGAGGAGCAGAUAUGGCAGGGGGAGGCGGCAGCCUGACAGAGGUCAGCAGCGGUUGGGGAUAGCCGGCGGGAAGCGUCCCGGCUAAGGGAGUGUGGAGUCAAAGAAAGGGCGGCGGGGAGAAGAGAGGCGAAGGGAAGCUCGCGGCGCCGCCGCGGCGUUCAUGUCAAUACUGCAAUACGUGAGACCGUCAGAAAGAAUGGGAGAGAGCCAAGCGUGAUUCGAUGUGCAGUUCAUGGGUAUUUUCGUCUUCUCAUGGCGGGCCCAUCUUAUCAGGGGCAAUUCCUCAAGUUUUUGGAAAAGUUGUGGCAAAUCAUCAGUGUCAAAAUAAAGGAGGGCAAAUCCUCAAAGUGCAGGGAAAGGUGUGGCAAAUCCUCAAAUUCCCCUUGAUUUGUACCCUGCUUUCUCUUACAAGCGAGGACAACUACCGGCAGGCAGGGAGGGUGCUGGGGCUGGACCUGCUGCGCAACCCGGACCUCGUGUCCACAGACCCCGCCGUCGCCUUCAAGACGGCCAUCUGGUUCUGGAUGACGGCGGCGGCUCCGAGCCCGUCGUGCCACGCCGUGAUGACCGGCGGCUGGACGCCGUCCGCCCAAGACCGCCACGCGGGGCUGCUCCCCGGGUACGGCAUGACCACAUACAUCCUCAACGGCGGGACGGAGUGCAACGAGACCUCCGCGGCGGCCCAGGACAGGGUCAACAACUACUACAAGAAGUACUGCGACAUCCUCCAAGUGGGGUAUGGUAACAACACCUUCUGUCAGAAGGACGAGCUAGCUCAGCCACCAUCGUCGUCUCUGCAUCCUCCUCCAGAAACGUCGGGAGAACCUUCGCCUCCGCCUCCGUCAAGGGCGGUUCUGAUCGGCGUCUCUAGUUCAAUCUCCCUCUUGAUCAUUAUCGGCUCCUUGAUCGGUUUCCUUUUAUGGCGGCGGCGACGGCGAAAGCAAGGUGAAAUCCACGAGGAAGCAAUGGAGCAUUGGUCAGAAGAGGAUAACUUCUUCGACAUUGACCAGGCCAUGGAAGACGAUUUCGAGAAAGGCUCCGGGCCCAGGCGGUUUCGUUACAAGGAUCUGGUCGUCGCCACCGGCAAUUUCUGUGAUGAGAACAAGCUCGGACAAGGAGGCUUUGGCUCCGUGUACAGAGGGUUUCUGAAUGAAUUGAACCUUCAAGUUGCUAUCAAGAGGAUCUCCAAGGACUCCAAGCAGGGGAGGAAGGAGUACGCCUCUGAGGUGAGGGUCAUAAGCCGGCUCCGGCACAAGAACCUCGUGCAGCUCAUCGGCUGGUGCCACGAAGGCGGCAAUCUGCUCCUCGUCUACGAGUUGAUGCCCAAUGGCAGCCUCGACGGGCAUCUGUACGACGCCAAUAACGUCGUGCUCCCAUGGCCCUUAAGACAUGAGAUUCUGCUCGGACUAGGCUCGGCGCUUCUCUACCUACACCAGGACUGGGACCAAUGCGUCCUGCAUAGGGACAUCAAGCCAAGCAACAUUAUGCUAGACUCGUCGUUCAAGGCAAAGCUCGGUGACUUCGGGCUCGCCAAGCUCGUCCAACAUGGCCGAAGAUCACUGACAACAGAUUUCGCAGGCACGAUGGGGUACAUGGAUCCAGAGUGCAUGACCACUGGCAAGACCAACCCCGAGUCAGAUGUAUACAGCUUCGGUGUCGUCCUCCUCGAGACUGCUUGCGGCAGGCGGCCUGUGGUGGUACCCCAGCCGGAGGAGGAUGACGCGGUCCACCUAGCUCAGUGGGUCUGGGAUCUGUAUGGCAAGGGGAGGAUUCUAGACGCCGCCGACCAGCGAUUGGGUGGAAAGUUUGAUGCCCAGGAGAUGGAGCGUGUGAUGAUUGUUGGGCUCUGGUGUUCUCAGCUCGACUUCAAAAUGAGACCGUCUAUCAGGCAGGCUGUAAACGUGUUGCGGUCAGAGGCGUCGCUCCCGAGUCUCCCCACGCUGAUGCCGAUUGCAUAUUACAUGCCGCCGGUUGGCACACGAAGAUUUACAUCUUCAUCUGCAACAAAACGGCAGCAGCAGUGGCACUUCUACAUCAUCAAUGGGAGCAUCAGCGCGGCCACCACUCAGUCAAGAUUGAUUGUAGGUAGAAUUUUUCUAUGACAAGCUUGUUCUGGAGUGUUUAUUUAUGUGUUCAA